CGUAUCUAUGCGAGGAUGCGAAGGGUUUUUGAGUUUUGCGGAUAAACCCUGAGCAAGUAUCCAUAUCCUCGUCGGCACCAGUUGCAGCCCGGAAAUUUUACUUGACCUAAGGGCUCACCCCGGUGAGUCUAUGUGUCUCUUUCCCCUCAAAAUUUUCUCUUUCUGGAAUUAUUUCUUGACUAGUUUCGAUUUUAUCCUGUCUCUCUCCGGAUUCCAAAGGUAGUUAGAUGGAUACGCAUAUGAUGUUUCCUUCGCCCAAAACUUAUUCGCCUACUUCUUUACCAUUCUUUAUAUCAAACACGUUUCCUUUACAUGAAAAACCAAUGCCUUUUGCGAAACCCCACCACUCCCCUUUAAUGGUUUCGGUAGAAAGGUCGCAAUUUUGGGGGAGGAAUUUGGUAUUGUCUCAGGAAAAUGUGAACUUGGUUAAUCUUAGAAAAGUUCAUCCCCUAACUGGCCCAAUUAGAGCGGCAGUGAAGAGGAGGAAAGAAAUUCCCUUUGACAACGUGAUACAGAGGGACAAGAAGCUGAAAUUGGUCUUGAAGAUAAGGAAGAUUCUAGUUAGUCAACCUGAUCGAAUUAUGUCGCUUCGGCAGCUGGGUAAAUUUCGAAGAGAAUUGGGUCUCCAAAAAAAGCGGCGGUUUAUUGCAUUGUUGAAGAAAUUCCCAGCAGUUUUUCAGAUUAUGGAGGAGGGAGUUUACUCUCUGAAAUUUAAAUUAACACCAGAAGCUGAACGGCUUUAUUUUGAGGAGUUGAAGAUUAGAAAUGAAAUGGAGGAUUUGUUAGUUGUGAAGCUGAGGAAAUUGUUAAUGAUGUCACUGGAAAAGCGGAUAUUGUUGGAGAAGAUUGCUCAUCUGAGGACUGAUUUGGGACUCCCGCACGAAUUUCGUGAAACAAUUUGUCAUCGGUAUCCACAGUACUUCAAAGUUGUUGCAACUGAGCGAGGCCCUGCACUGGAAUUAAGUCAUUGGGAUCCAGAGCUUGCUGUUUCAGCCGCUGAGCUAUCUGCAGAGGAAAAUCGAAUUAAAGAACUAGAAGAAAAAAAUUUAAUUAUAGACAGGCCUGCCAAAUUCAAUAGAGUAAAGCUCCCUAAGGGUCUUCAUCUGUCAAAGGGUGAGAUUAGGAAGUUGAUGCAGUUCAGAGACAUGCCUUACAUUUCACCAUACUCAGAUUUCUCAGGGCUGAGGCCUGGGUCACGGGAGAAGGAGAAGCAUGCUUGUGGAGUUGUUCAUGAGAUUUUGAGCCUCACUCUUGAGAAACGAACCCUUGUUGAUCACCUUACUCAUUUUCGAGAGGAGUUCAGAUUCUCUCAGCAGCUAAGAGGGAUGUUGAUCAGGCAUCCUGAUAUGUUUUAUGUCUCUCUGAAAGGAGACAGGGAUUCUGUGUUUCUGAGAGAAGCCUAUCGUGAUUCACAGUUAAUAGAGAAGGACCGAUUUUUGCUUAUAAAGGAAAAGCUUCGUUCUUUGGUUGCUGUUCCACGAUUUCGCAAGGGGAGUGCUCCCGAAACAGACAGAGAUGGAAUGGAAGGGACCGAUGACAGAGAAGAUGAAAGUGGCGAAGAGGGGAAUGAGUGGUCUGAUCCUGAAAUCUUUUUAAGUGAUGAUGAAUUUGAAGAUGAAGAUGACGAUGACGAUGAGGACUGGAGUGAUGAAGAUGAUGAGACACCCCCAGAUUUUGAUGAGGAUAAUGAAAGUCUGGAGAUUGGACUAAAAAGACCAAUUAAACAAGAAGAAAACUCAACACCUAAAGAUGAAGAGGUGCUUGUUCCUGCAUUCCCUGAUGGUCGUCCUAGAGAACGCUGGUAAACUUAUAGAAGAGCUUGCAUGCUUCAAUUUGUAAAUCAAGAAGGCAUCUAACUUCUUAACCUGCUUUUGAACCUACUGAAAAACCAGAGUUUGACGUCACUACCUUGGAAGAAUAUCCGUCAUCUUACCAAUAGGGGGGGGGGGGGAGAUCCUACACUGCUCAUCAACAGCCCCUAUGGUGUUCUGUAAACAUGAAAAACAGCUUAUAUUACGUUCAGAUCAAAAAAGAAUGCUCGAUUAGCUCUUCUAGUUACUUGACUAAACAUUGCUAUCUUUAUAAUAUAUGUUUUGCGUUUAUUGGGGCAAAUGGAAUAAAUCAAUGGCUGGCCGAAAGAACAGCUUAAAUAUUA